UUUUUAGGUCUAUGUGAUUGUUAUUCUACGCCUCCUUUUGGCACACAAAUUUUAUUUUUUUUUCUACUUUAUCUAUCACAAACAGGCGAGGCUGCUGGUUUGGGUAUGGGUCUAGUGAUGCUGGGCACAGGAUCUACUACAGCAGUGAAUGAUCUCCUCAGCUACACGUUGGAUACCUCUCAUGAGAAAAUCAUGCGUGGUAUUGCUCUGGGCAUCGCACUCAUCAUGUACGGUAAACGCGAGGAGUCCGACGCUCUGAUCGGAAAUCUUAUUCAGGAAACUGAUCCCAUUCUCCGGUGGUGUGGGAUGGCCACCAUCGCCAUGGCCUAUUGUGGAACCAAUAAUAACUCGGCGAUCGAGAAACUCCUCCAUGCCGCUGUCAGCGACACAAAUGACGAUGUUCGUAGAUGGGCUCUCACCGCUCUUGGUUUUGUUAUGUUCAAAGAUGCAGACAAAGUUCCGUCCCUAGUAUCGCUCCUUGCUGAAUCCUAUCAUCCACAUCUUCGCUAUGGUGCCGCCAUGGCUCUCGGUAUCGCUUGUGCCGGAACUGCUAAUAAGGAGGCAAUAUCUUUGCUGGAACAACUUCUUGAUGGCACUGUUCAUUUCGUUCGUCAAGGGGCACUAAUCGCUAUGGCGAUGGUUCUCAUGCAGCAGAAUGCUAUUUCCUGCCCCAAGUCUUCAGAGUUUCGAGAACGCUGCCUGAAGAUAAUCUCCGACCGACACGAGGACCUACUGGCCAAAUUCGGUGCAAUUUUGGCCUGUGGAAUUCUCGACGCUGGUGGUUGUAAUAUGACAAUCUCGCUGCAGACUCGCACAGGGAAUACCAACAUGGUUGCUGCUGUGGGUCUGCUUGUUUUCCAGAAUUUUUGGUUUUGGUAUCCCUUGACCAACUUCAUUAGUUUGGCCUUUUCGCCUACUGCGAUCAUCGCGUUGAAUAAGGACCUCCAAAUGCCACAGAUGCAAUUCAAGUCGAAUGCUAAACCAUCAAUGUUUGCCUACCCACCACCUCUGCGUAAGCCGGUUGAAAAAGAAAAGAAGAAAGAAAAGGUAGAGACGGCUAUUCUCAGCAUUACCGCAAAGCAUAAGAAGAAAGAGAUGGAGAAGAAGAAACCACCUGCUACUGAUACUCAGGGUGUCGAGAAGAUGGAUGUGUAA